AUGGCUGAUGACAUAGAGACUCUCUGUGGGAAAAUUUCGUUAGCAGGUGGUGAAAAAAUAGGAAUAUCCAUCACUGAAGGGGAGGUCGCUGAGGUACGGGAAAUUGGUGGAAGGUGUUUGGUGGCUAGAAUUGGGGAUACAAUAAGGGAUAAGAAAUCGAAAACACACUCAAGCCAUCGCCAAAAUAGGAAGAAGAGUUCAUCGUCCGAAGAUGAGAGGAGUGGAAAGUGGUCUAGGCGAGAUCGACACAGAAGCAGUGAUUCAGAUGGUGAUUCGUCCAGUGACCAUCGAGAUCGAUAUCGUAGCAGGUCAAAAGGGAAAAAGAAAGGAUCAUCUCAGGAGAAAAGCAGUAGCAGCAGAAAACACUCAAAACAUCAUAAGCGGAGAAGCAGGGAUUCUCCGGCCAGAUCUCGAUACGAGAGUGACAGAGAACAUGGAGAACCCAAGAGAGAGAAGCGGAAAAAGAGGGAUUGA